CGUGACCUCCGCAUUCUUAGCGAAGUAAAAAAAUAUGUGCGUAAUGUUAGGACGUAUAUAAAUAACUGCACCGAAAAAAUCUGCCAAUGUUGACGAAAAAUGUUCACAAGAAUGGAUGUUAUUCAGUCUGUAUUGGGAAUUUAUUCUUUAACAUUACUGAUAAGAGGUUGUGCGAGUUCUCUGGUGAUUGAUAUUAGACCUAAAAAUGGAAUCUGGGACACUGCAGAAAGACCUUGUGCAAAGAAAUGUAAAUACGGUUACGAAGCUGAUGUAGAGGGAAACACUAUGUGUCAAUGUUUAGACCCGUGCGCGCAUAUUUAUUGCCCGUUUGAAGGAACAAAAUGUGUCGUACGUAGGACAGACCAAUUUUGUGUCCAUGGUCAAUGUAAAUACGAGGCAACGUGCAGAACAGUUUCCAAUCAAAGACGGAAGAAGCUACAAAAACUGAACAGAUAUAGAUUAAACAAAUACAAAAAUGAAGUGUAUUACGAACUACAGAGGGAUAGCAGUGACACAAGUGUGACAAAUUUAUGUUCCCGACAGCCUUCCAUAAACAGUAGAUAUAGCUGUGAUCGUAAACAAAAGGGAUAUUAUUAUGAUGGUUUAAAAGACGCUUGUGUUCGUUUUAAAGGGUGUCACCAAACAGGUGACUUCUUCGGCAGAAGAAAAGAUUGUAAAAGAUCAUGUAUGAAAAAAGACAAUUCCAUAGAAUUACACAGUCUAAAAAUACGGAAUAAAAUAUGUACACUUACGCCACCUGACAGUACACAGUGCACGAGACAAAGACGAGUGUGGCAUUUUGAUAGUCGAAAAGGACGCUGUGUUAAGUCAAGAGGUUGUCAUUACACAGGAAACAGUUUUAAGAGGAGAAGUCAAUGUAAAAAUACUUGUAAUAGAAGAAAAUCAAAGAAGCAGCAAAGAAAACAGAGAAUAAGAUUUGUAAGUUAGAAUACACAAACUAGAUGAACAGGUUAAAUUUCAUGACAUUGACCAUUGUCCGACUUGAUGUCACACAAACCAAAAUGUACAUUUGAAAUGUACGACGACGAACGUCAUCAUGGCGGAAUAUAAAACGGACACGGAGUCCAUUUGAUUCUAUGAAUCGGAGACAGGAGCAGGGAUCCUGCAUUUACGAGAGCAGCUACUGUGAAAUUCCACAUAAACAAUGAAGGGCGUACUUCAGUGAUAGUUUUUUUACUCCAUUGUUAUUUUUGACUUAUUUAUUUACUGUAUUUUUGUAAUAAAAUGUGAUAAUUAU